AUGACCGUAUGCACUCCCGUUGUUGUUAACAUCUUACCUGCUACAACAAUUGCUGCUCUUCAAAACCAAAACAAAGAUUUGGGCUAUUCACAUGCGACAGAACUCGAGAUAAAAAAUGAUACCAAUCAGGCAAUUCAAAUUAAAGUGUCCCACGUGGACAGUCACGACUGGGAUGGUCUCUCGCGACCGGAUUUUCAAUUUCAAAAUGUAACUAUUGAAGCUGGCGCAUCGAAAAAAGCACUUCAAAAUAUCAAAGCUCGAAGAUCAACGGCCGUCUCGACAAUGACGGUCAGUUCAUACAAAUCUCUAAUACAUGAAAAUUUAUUUCAUUUAUCCAAAACAAAAGCGCUUAAGUAUGAAGGUGGUAAUAUAUGGCAAGCUGAUGAGAUUAGUUUUCCUAUAUUGAAACAUCAAUUCGGAUCAAUGGCAAUUGUGACCUUGAAAGUGGGUGGUAUUCGUCAACCACAUUGGCAUCCCUUUGCUUGGGAAUUGAAUUUUGUUGUUAGUGGUAAAUCUGAAUGGAGUAUUGUUGGAACUGAUGGUCGGCAUGAUUCGUUUGUAGCUAAUGCUGGUGAUCUUGUAUUUAUUCCACGUGGUAUUUUUCAUUAUUUUGCAAAUGCUGAUCGUGAAGAAGAAUUAAAAGUUUUGAUUAUAUUUAAUUCCGGUCAGGUUGUAGAAGAUGAUGAUAUUGGAAUUGUUCCUUCAUUGAAUGAAAUGCCUGUUGAUAUAUUGGCUGCUUCAUUUGGAAUGCCAAAAGAUUAUUUCAAAGAUAUUCCAAGAAAUAUGACAUCAACACCAAUUCUUUUACGAAAAGAUACAAAACAUCGAAGAUUACCGCACUCGCAAAAUCGAUGGAUUAACUAG